UGAAUGCUUGCAUCACACCAUGACCUCUGCAUCCUUAUCCUUUGCUUGACAAAUAAAAAAAAAUUAAGAUCCCCCAAGGCUUUAUAAUGCAUAGCAUGGUGGCCAACCUUACUCACAACAUAGAAAACUUUAGCUGGCAUUAAUCUUAAGCUAGAGAUGGUGAAACGCUCUACAUACCUGUUCUUGCUUGUCCUCCUUGUCUUCAUCUCUGAUGGAAAAAGUGUGCCAAAGGCAGAAGCAAAAGACUGCCACAAAGUGUGGAACUGCAAAGGGGAAAAUCGUUGCUGGGAAGACUGCCGAAAUCGAUACAAUGGGAUGGGACUUUGUGAUUUGUACACUGCUCCUUCUGUUCCGAAGCAGUGCUUUUGUGCAUAUAAGUGUUGAUGUUAAACUGCAUUCUACAAUAAACAUUACCUUUUUAAUUUUUUUUUAUAU